UGACGCCUUCCGGCACGGCGCUGGCCGGUGGAGGAGGAAGGUGAGCGCGCCGAGCCCGCCGCGGCGCGGGCCCGCAUGGCGCGGCGCUGAGGGGAGAUGACCGACCAGGAGAACAACAACAGCAUCUCCAGCAACCCCUUCGCCGCCCUCUUCAGUUCCGUGGCGGACGCCAAGCAGUUCGCCGCCGUCCAGAAGCAGCAGCAGCUGCGGCAGCUCACAGGAGACGAAACUUCGGUCAGCCAAGAUGACUCGGAUAACAGCAUAUCUGAGAGCCUGGAUGAUUGCGACUAUUCUGUGGCCGAGAUCAGCCGCUCCUUCCGCUCCCAGCGGGAGCUAUGUGAACAGCUCAACAUCAAUCACAUGAUUCAGAGGAUCUUUCUCAUCACUCUUGACAACAGUGAUCCCAGUAUGAAGAGUGGAAAUGGAAUUCCAGUUCGUUGUGUGUAUUUGGAAGAAAUGGCUGCAGAUCUUGAUGACCAAGACUGGCUUGACAUGGAAAAUGUUGAACAGGCACUGUUCACUCGCUUACUGCUACAGGAGCCUGGAAAUCACCUGAUUUACAUGACAUCUGCUAGCACACAAAACCUCUCUGCAGAUAGAGAUGCAGGAGAGAAACAAAUUCUACGCUACCUCUAUGCCUGCUUCCAGAGAGCAAGAGAAGAGAUAACCAAGGUUCCAGAGAAUUUGCUGCCCUUUGCCGUGCGCUGUCGAAAUCUGACUGUGUCAAACACUCGCACUGUUCUUCUUACCCCAGAGAUCUACAUCAACCAGAAUGUGUAUGAACAGCUGGUCGACUUGAUGCUAGAAGCAUUGAGAGGUGCACAUUUUGAAGAUAUGACUGAGUUUCUGGAGGAGGUCAUAGAAGCUUUAACAGCGGAUGAGGAAGUACGGACUUUCGGGGAAGUCAUGAUUCCAGUGUUUGAUAUUUUGUUGGGUAGAAUCAAAGACCUGGACCUUUGCCAGAUCCUGCUAUACACUUACCUGGAUAUGCUCCUCUAUUUCACAAAGCAGAAAGAUAUAGCAAAGGUUUUUGCAGAUUAUAUUCAGCCUAAGGAUCCCAGUAAUGGACAGAUGUACCAGAAGACUUUGUUAGGUGCCAUUUUAAAUAUCUCCUGCUUGUUAAAGACUCCUGGUGUAGUAGAGAAUCACGGAUAUUUUUUGAAUCCUUCCCGAUCAAGUCCACAAGAGAUCAAAGUUCAGGAGUCCAACAUCCAUCAGUUUAUGGCCCAGUUCCAUGAGAAGAUCUACCAGCUACUGAAGAACCUGUUGCAGUUGUCUCCAGAGACCAAACACCGGAUUCUGUCCUGGCUGGGAAACUGUCUCCAUGCUAAUGCAGGUCGUACCAAAAUCUGGGCUAAUCAGAUGCCAGAGAUCUUCUUCCAGAUGUAUGCUUCAGAUGCCUUCUUCCUGAAUUUGGGAGCUGCCCUGCUGAAGCUGUGCCAGCCCUUCUGCAAACCAAAAUCUCCAAGGUUGCUUACAUUUAACCCUACUUACUGUGCCCUGAAGGAACUGAAUGAAGAGGAGAGGAGGAGUAAGAAUGUACAUAUGAAAGGUUUGGAAAAAGAAACUUGUUUGAUUCCUGCUCUGACUGAGCAAGAGCCAGAGUUUGCGAACAGCUACAAUCUGGUAACAGAAAACCUGGUCCUAACACAAUACACUCUUCACUUAGGAUUUCACAGGUUGCACGACCAGAUGGUAAAGAUAAACCAAAGCCUUCACCGCCUGCAAGUAGCAUGGAGAGAAGCUCAGCAGAGUUCUAGCCCUGCUGCUGACAGUCUCAGGGAACAGUUUGAACGCCUGAUGACCAUCUAUCUCUCCACGAAGACGGCAAUGACAGAGCCACAGAUGCUACACAACUGCUUGAAUCUGCAGGUGUCCAUGGCAGUUCUUCUGGUCCAGCUGGCUAUAGGAAACCAAGGGACCGAGCCUCUAGAGCUGACGUUCCCAUUGCCAGGGGUGGAAAACAAUGCAUUGGCUUAUGUACCAGAGUUCUUUGCUGAUAAUUUGGGUGACUUUUUCAUUUUCCUGCGCCGUUUUGCUGAUGACAUCUUGGAGACUUCUGCUGAUUCUCUGGAGCAUGUCCUUCACUUUGUUACUGUUUUCAUGGGUGAUGUAGAGAGAAUGAAAAAUCCACAUCUGCGAGCCAAGCUGGCAGAAGUGCUGGAAGCUGUGAUGCCUCAUUUAGAUCAAGCCCAGAAUCCACUUGUCUCUAGUGUGUUUCAUCGCAAGCGAGUAUUCUGCUCUUACCGAAAUGCAGCCCAUCUUGCUGAGGCACUUAUCAAGGUCUUUGUGGAUAUUGAGUUUACAGGUGACCCACAUCAGUUUGAACAGAAAUUUAACUACCGCCGUCCAAUGUAUCCCAUCCUGAGAUAUAUGUGGGGCACAGAUUCAUACCGGCAGAGCAUAAAGGUUUUGGCUGAUUAUGCCUCAGAGAACCUUGAGGCAAUGAAUCCCCCUCUCUUCUUGCGUUUCCUUAAUUUGCUCAUGAAUGAUGCCAUUUUCCUGUUGGAUGAAGCAAUACAGUACCUAAGUAAGAUUAAAGUUCAGCAGAUAGAGAAGGACCGUGGUGAAUGGGACAGCCUCUCCCAGGAGGCUCGUCGAGAAAAGGAGUCAAGCCUGCAGAUGUUUGGUCAGCUGGCUCGCUUUCACAACAUCAUGUCUAAUGAAACCAUUGGUACUUUGGCCUUCCUGACAUCAGAAAUCAAGUCCCUGUUUGUGCAUCCUUUUCUUGCUGAGCGCAUCAUAUCCAUGCUAAACUAUUUUCUACAACACCUGGUUGGCCCUAAAAUGGGAGCCUUGAAAGUCAAGGAUUUCAGCGAGUUUGACUUCAAACCGCAGCAGCUAGUUUCUGACAUCUGUACAAUCUACCUGAACCUUGGGGAUGAAGAAAAUUUCUGUGCCACAGUGCCCAAGGAUGGCCGUUCCUAUUCACCGACACUCUUUGCCCAGACAGUUAGGGUUCUGAAGAAAAUCAAUAAACCUGGCAACAUGAUAGUGGCUUUCAGUAACCUGGCUGAGAGGAUCAAGUCUCUUGCAGACCGUCAGCAGCAGGAAGAAGAGACGUAUGCAGAUGCAUGUGAUGAAUUUCUGGAUCCUAUCAUGAGUACUCUGAUGUCAGAUCCUGUAGUACUGCCAUCUUCCCGUGUCACUGUGGAUAGGUCAACUAUAGCCAGGCACCUGCUCAGUGACCAGACAGAUCCUUUUAAUCGGAGCCCCCUCACCAUGGACCAGAUUAGACCAAACACAGAGCUUAAAGAAAAGAUCCAGCAAUGGCUUGCAGAGAGGAAAAAACAGAAGGAGGAGCUGGAAGACACACUAAACUGCUGAAGAAAAAAUCUACAUCUAUAGACAUACAAUCAUUUGCAAGAUAAAUGCCUUGCAGGGGGUGGUGGCUGGUGCUCCAGAGCAUCCAUGAAACUUGCCACUUCAAUCAAGAAUGCAUUUAGUGCAUUGCCACCACAUGUGAAAUCUCUCCUAGGACCUUCCCUUCUAUCCCUUCUUUCAACUUUCCUUUUAAGACUUACUGUUUAAUAUUAGAAAUUUCCACUGCACUACAGCUUCCUAGCCUCUUUUGAUUGUCCUGGUGCCCUGUCCCUGUAUUGUUCUUGAUUGUAUUGGCUGUUUCUAAUGACUGCCACGCUCUACUUUCAAUGAUACCAAAAACCUUUCUCCCUGUUCCAACCUCCAUUCUGUUGCUGCUAUUUGCUCCCAAGUUUAAAUUUGUAAUCUCAUGUUUAAUGUGAAAACAAUGCCUUUGCAUCCACAGCAGCUCUUAAGUUUAGAUAUUAGUGAGGACUGAAGGGGGAUGUGCAAGUUUGUAAAUGCUGAUUGUGUAUCAGGGUUUGUUUUUGGUGUGGUAUAUGGCAGUUGAGGGGUAUGAAGAAUGAAGUAUUUACAACUCUUACAGCUGUCUGUGAAGGUCCAGCAGCUAAUGGCCCUCUGUAGUGGGAGGAGGGAGGUCCUGGUUUUAGAAAAGCCAUUUUGGUUUUGGCUUCUAGGCAGAGAGACAGACUGCCUGCUCUGGUGAAGAACAGUCUUGCAGGAGCUGUGAAAAGCAGUCCUUGCUCUCCCAGCUGUUGAAUUUAAGCAGUGUAAAGGGGGGGCAUCUGCUGUAUGUGGAAGCCUGUUUCAAGACUGUGCUGCCUCUGAUGCAUAAGCCAUGUACAUACUCCUUAAGGUACACUAUAAAUCCUGCCCUGUCUUUA